AUGUCCGUCUCUGCAAACCUCAAGUCUUUGUUCCCUAUUGGUACGCCGGCGUUCCGACCUCAAUCACCAGUGUUUGAAGAAAGGAUUCAUCCCGCUUCUUUGUCCGUAUGUGGUGUACACAACCCCGCGUUGUUGGAACUCAUCAGGACUGACGUGUCUCGGGAAAUGGUCUACUACCUUGCCGACAGAACUACAUCCGUGAUCGCAUGUAGCACCACAAUCCCUCUUCCGCCUUCUCCACCUCCCACCCCCGUCCGUGACGGUUUCCCUCAACAACACCAAGGUUUACCUUCUUUGGAAACAUUCAUCGCUGUCGUAUGUGAACAAUCCAACGUCCAAGUAUCCACCCUUCUCGCUACUUUAGUCUACCUUGAACGUCUUCGUCAUCGUUUACCGAAAGUCGCCAAAGGGAUGCCUUGUACCCGUCAUCGUGUAUUUCUCGCUACUUUAAUCGUCGCCGCUAAAUACCUAAACGAUUCAUCACCCAAAAACAGACAUUGGUGUCGUUACGCUCAGAUGUUUUCACAAGAAGAAAUCAAUCUGAUGGAAAAACAACUUUUGUAUUUGCUCGAUUACGAUUUAGCCAUUCAAGAAUCUCAAAUCAUUUCUAAUUUCCAACCCUUUUUAUCACAAUAUCAUUUCGAUUCACCUUGUUGUUCAUCUUCACCUGUCAUGCCACCUACACCUCCUACACCUGUUCGUCAACCUCAAACCCCAGCUAGAAAACAUCGUCGUACUAUUUCUCGAGAACAAGCAAUCUACGUCGCUCCACCUUUGGACAGAAGUGGUUCUUCUUCUUCACUCGAAUCGAAUGAUAUGCCACUUACUCCUCCUCAUCACGAGGAAGAAUUCACCCAAGUUCAUAUCACUACAAAAGGAACGAGAUCAACUUCUGUUUCGACCACUGUCCAAAAGACUCAGACUUACGAUUCUUUACCUAGAUCGGGAACUUUGACAAAUGUCAGGAUUAACAACGCUCCACCGAACAAAGAUUCCGCAGGGUUCUUGGGAAGAUUGUUGAGGACGGAUAGGAGAAGAAGGGUUAGUUCAAAGUUGGAAGAAGAGGAAGAAGCAGUAGCAGCUUUGAGUUGGACAGCGAUCUGAAACACAUCCAGGGCUGAAGUGAGAAUGAUAUUUUCGGGUUUUGGGAAACAAGGAUCUACAAACAGCUUUUCGAAUCGACGGCAUAAUCAACUCCAUCGACAUGUUCCGGACAUCGUUCUCAACACUAACAUAUCCCGGAUCGAGGCUUGUGGGAUUUUGGUUCUGGGUUUGUUCGACUAUAGCUUAUUAAUUGUAUAAAAGUAUGGAUUGGUGAAGGAGAAGGGGUUACACAGGAAGAAGGAUCUCUUGAUGGGAUUUGAAAGAGUAGUAGUUUAAUAAUGUAGCAAAACGUUGUACUUGAUUAGUCGGGAAUCAGAUGAAUGUCAUCGUUGGAAUU